AUUUUUUUGUGUACAUAUUUCGAGAAAUUUUUGCAGCCGGCUUUUAAUUUUGCAUUAAACUUUUAAAACUUUAUUAAAACAUAAAAUUUUAAAACGUUUCCAUGGAAACUGAAUUGGAAAUAAUAGAUUCUUUGAAUGCCCUCGACUACAAGGGCAAGUGUUUGCAAAAUGAUGAGCUCAGUCGGGCCCUAGAGGGUGGCACACGCAGCAUAGAAUUUCGUGAAGUUGUAUCAUGGCUGGCACAAGAGUUGCAUAUUUUGCGAAAAACCGAUGAAUCAGUGAGUAAAGAAUGUGAAGAUCCCAGUGAAUUUGCCAUGGAGUUGUCGGCCAUGUUAAAGGAGUUGAGCUGUCCUUUCAAUCGUUUUGUGACUGGGCCCCUGUCGGAGAGAUUCGAGACUAAAGCGGAUAGACUGCAGCUAAUAGAUUUUCUAAUUACUGAAUUGAUGGCCACUAAAAUGGUAUUGCGUUUGAAGCCUGCUGAGCAGUCGUACGUUAUACCAAAGAGUGAAACCGAUACCGCCAAGUCUUUGGAGUCGCUGACUAAAGAUUUAUGUUUGGGCAAGCCACCAGAUAAUAUUACACCCAAAGCUUUGUUCGAUAAACUAAACUUUAAGCUAGAAGAACGUUUGAGAGCUGUAAAGGCCGGAGUGGUAAGUGAAACCCUACUUAAGAUUAAUAAACCUUUAACGGAUGCUCAAUGGAAAAAGUUACAAGAGCUUUAUGAAGAUCUCGAUAAGGAGUAUAAUUUAAGAAGACAGGUUUUGCUUACCCGUCUAGAGGUAACCAUACAAAGUUUUCAAUGGUCUGAUAAAAUGAAAACAAGAGAAAAUGAAAUUGUAGCAAGGUUCCAAAAUAAAUUGAAAGAAAUGGAAGUUCUAAAGUAUGGUGGUGAUGACACUAAUAUAGUGGCUUUGCUAGCGGCUCGUGCUGAUUUGGCUAUUAUAGAGAAAACCAGUUCGGCCAAUGUGCGCAAAAAUACCGGUACGAAAAUACAGAAACAUGUCAUUGGUAGUGUGCCAGAUCGUGGUGGUAGGGCUCAUGAGCAUGCACCACCACCACCAGAAAUGCCUUCGUGGCAACAGCAAAGAGCUUCAGGACCUGGUGGUCGUGGAGGAGGUGGUAACUUCCGGGGUGGUAGAGGCGGUGGUGGCGGCGGAGGAGCCGGCGGUAAUUGGCAACAAAAUUCGCAACCUCAGCGACAACAAUAUCAGUCGCAACAGCAGCAACACCAUCAAAAUCAUGAUCAGCCGCAUCGUGAUCAAAACUGGAUACAGGGUAGUGGUCGUGUUCAGGGUACCGGCUGGAAUCAGCACCAAGGAGGAGGUGGAUCAGGAAACUAUCAAGCUGGCGGUGGUGGAGGCGGUUCUGGAAAUUAUCACGGUGGCGCUGGUGGAGGUAGUAAUUAUCAAUCUAACGAACGCGAUAAUCGUGGUGGUGGUGGAGGCGGCUAUAGAGGACGCUCAAACUAUAAUCGUGGUGGCGGCGGAGCCGGUGGCCACAGACGUUAAAAUAUUAAGCAACAAGACGUAACAUCAUUCGAAUUAUAAAUCUAACAAACAAAUAAAUUAAAUAACAGCAUUUAAUUGAACAAAAAAAUAAAAUCCAAAAA